CGGACGGUUAACGCGCGGUCUUAAAGUUAUUUUUUAAAACGCAAUACCGUAAUGUGUAUUAUCAUAAAUCGUGGAGUCGGGUUAGCUCCACAUAUCCAGAGCUGCAUUCACCUCGUUGCAGUGGUAGCACACAGUCAUGGAUAGAUUAUGUUUUACCGUCAACGGUGUAAAAUGUCACGUGGGGUGCGAAGUGAGCUCGGAUGUGACAUUAUUGGACUACCUCAGGGACUAUUUAGAACUGCGCGGUACAAAGUACAUGUGCCGCGAGGGAGGCUGUGGUGCCUGCAUUGUCACUGCAACCAAGUCACACGGGGAGAGUCCCAUAUCAGUCAAUGCUUGCCUGGUGUCAAUAACGUCUUGCCAUAAUUGGGAUAUUAUCACCAUAGAACGAGUGGGUAACAGAAGAGAUGGUUAUAACCAAAUACAGAAAACUCUUGCUGAAUAUCAUGGCUCUCAGUGUGGGUAUUGCACUCCAGGUUGGGUUAUGGCAAUGUACAGCCUUCUUCAGAGUAGGAAAAAAAUUACUCAACUUGAAAUCGAGCAAUCGUUUGGAAGCAAUAUUUGUAGAUGCACUGGCUACAGACCGAUACUGGAUGCCUUUAAAAAGUUCGCAAGUGACGCUUCUAAACCUGUGAAAAUAUCAGAUAUUGAAGAUAUACAAAUAUGUCGAAAGACCGGUGCCAAAUGUGAUAGCCAAAACUGCGACGAAGAUGAUUGGUGUAUUGUAACUAAGGAUGAAUAUCGUAAUAUAUUUGAAAUAGACCUCAAAGAUGGUAAAUACUGGUACAGAGUUUCAACGGUGCAAGAUAUAUUUGACGUACUGAAGACCAAAGGAACUGAUUCCUAUAUGUUGGUGUCUGGGAAUACUGCUAAAGGUGUAUAUCCUAUUGAUGAUUAUCCAUUAGUGCUAAUUGACGUAUCUGGAGUACGCGAAUUAAAAGGUUGGAAAUUAGACCAAAACUUGGUCAUAGGAGCAGGUACAACGCUUACUGAACUGUUAGAAAUAUUCAAUAAAAUGAGUAAAGUAGAAUAUUUCAGUUAUUUGAAAGCUUUUUAUGAUCAUCUACAAUUAGUGGCUCAUAUACCUGUAAGAAAUUUGGCAUCAAUUGCUGGUAAUUUGAUGAUUAAACACCAGCACAGGGAAUUCACAUCUGACAUUUUUCUUUUACUUGAAACUGUCGGUGCUGAGUUGACUAUACGCCAUUACAGAGGAUUACAACAAUCCGUUUCCAUGCAACAAUAUCUAAGAUUAGAUAUGAGAGGAAAAGUCAUAUUAAAAAUUGCGAUUCCUCCAUUGCUGGAUAAUGAAUUCAAAAUUGUGACCUACAAAAUCUUGCCUCGGGCGCAAAAUGCCCAUGCCAUAGUCAACGCUGGUUUUCUAUACAGGCUGAAAUCAGACGGAAAAGUCCGCCAAUCGAGAAUAAUCUAUAGUGGUCUUGUUUCCCCUUCUACCAGAGCAACUUUAACCGAAAAAUUCAUAUUUGGAAAGAAACUGUUUACUAAUGAAACGUUGCAAGGAGCUGUACGAGUUCUAGAACAAGAACUUGUUGCUACACCAAAUCCACCCGAACCCUCGACAGAGUACAGAAAACGUUUGGCUUUAGGACUCUUUUAUAAAAGUUUGUUGACUCUUUGCCCAGUGGAGAAGCUCAAUACGCGAUACCGUUCCGGCGCAAUCAAAAUACAUUCCACUCGACCUGUAUCAGAUGGCAAACAAAUAUUUGAUACAAAUCCACCAAUGUGGCCCUUAACUCAGCCAAUACAAAAAGUAGAAGCAUUGAUACAAUGUUCAGGCGAAGCGCAAUACUCAGAAGAUUUACCAGCUUUUCCACAUGAAGUUUUUGCUGCAUUUGUUCUUACAACGGAAGGCUCAGGAACUAUUCGAGAUAUAGAUGCCAGUGAAGCUUUGAGUUUGCCUGGUGUUAUAGCAUUUUACACAGCGAAAGAUAUACCAGGUCUGAAUUCAUUUACCCCCAACGACAGUGUAUUAUAUUCAGCAAACGAAGAAGUUUUAUGUAACGGCGUAGUCCGCUAUUAUAAUCAACCCCUUGGAAUAAUAGUUGCUGAAACAAGGCAUUUAGCUGAUCGUGCGGCAAAAAUGGUUCGUGUCACAUACAAAAAUGUAAAAAGACCCAUCAUUGACAUAAAUGAAGCUAAAAACGAUCCUUUAAGAUUAAUGCAAUAUGCUUCCACACAAGCAACGGAAAAGGGAAAUGAUGUGGCACAUGUUAUAAGAGGUGCUAAUUCCAUAUAUCAACAAUAUCAUUUUAUGAUGGAGACUUUGGUGUGCGUCACGAGACCCUCGGAACAAGGUCUUGAGGUAUUUAGUGCUACCCAAUGGAUGGAUGGAACACAAAUGAUGAUAUCCCGAGCAUUGAAAAUGGAUUCAAACAGCAUUGAUGUGUAUGUAACGCGACUUGGUGGUGCAUAUGGUAUUAAAAUUUCACGUUCUACACAACUGGCGGUAGCAUCUAGUCUUGUGGUUACAAAAUUAAACAGACCAUGCAGGAUGAUACAAGCUUUGACGACCAAUAUGAGGGCUGUCGGAAAGAGAAUGCCGUGUUCAAAUGAAUUCGAAGUUGGGGUUGACAAAACCGGGGUCAUUCAAUAUAUAGACUAUCAAUUAUUUCAAGACAAUGGUUACAGGAUUAAUGAAACUUUGUCCCAACUUGGAGUUGAUGUUCAUUAUAACGCUUACAGAAAUUCAAGGUGGAAGUUCACUGGACAAAAUGUCGUAACCGACACUCACAGUAACACAUGGUGUCGUGCGCCUGGUACUUUUGAGGCAAUAUCUAUGGCCGAACACGUUAUAGAGCAAAUUUCCUAUGAAAUCUCUUUGGAUCCUGUGGAAGUUAGAUUGGCAAAUUUGGAUACAGAAAGAUUUAACGAAGUAAAAGAGAUGUUUGAAACAUUGAAAUCAAAUUCUAAUUACAAUGAAAGAAAAUUGGCUGUUGAUAAAUUUAACACUCAAAAUAGAUGGAAAAAAAGAGGUUUAAGAGUAGCUUUUAUGAGGUGGUCGCCUUCGGGAGCCCCUCGUUUCGAUGCCAAUUUAUCUGUAUAUCAUGAAGAUGGAACAGUAGUCAUCACCCAUUCUGGUAUUGAAAUGGGUCAAGGAUUAAAUACAAAAGCACUACAAGUAGCAGCAUAUUUCCUUAAGAUACCACUCGAAAAGAUUAAAAUAAAAGGCAAUAAUACAAUUAUAGGACCUAACGCUUUUAUAACUGGUGGUAGUAUCGCCAAUCAGAACAUAGGGAUUGCUGUACAGAGAUGUUGUGAACAAUUAUUGGCAAGAUUGGAACCUAUUAAGGCUAGCAUGCCACAGGCAAAUUGGGAACAAAUAAUCAAAACUGCUUACGAUUCAGACGUUGACUUGCAAUCACACGGUUUCGUCAAUACUGCUGAUAUUCAACAAUAUGACGUAUGUGGAGUUGCGUUCGCUGAAGUUGAGGUUGAUAUUUUAACAGGUGAACACGAAAUAAUAAGAGUUGAUUUAAUUGAAGACCCAGGGCGAAGUAUAAGCCCAGAAAUUGACAUAGGCCAGGUUGAAGGCGCAUUCAUAAUGGGUGUCGGAUACUGGACAUCUGAACACAUUGUGUUUGAUCCUAAUAAUGGGGAAAUUCUAACUGAUCGUACGUGGAAUUACCACGUACCCCAAGCUAGAGAUAUACCACAGGACUUUAGAAUAUAUCUAACAAAGAAGUAUCCUAGUUCUGAACAAAUACUGGGAACAAAAGCUAUUGGAGAGCCUCCUUUGUGUCUCUCAGUUGUUAUACCAUUUGCGAUUCGAGAAGCUAUCGUAUCUGCACGGUUGGAUUCUGGAAUUCCUACUAAUAAAUGGUUUCGCAUUGAUGGACCUUACACGUUGGAAAAAAUUUGCUUAGCCGCAUCGACCAAAGUGGAUGACUUCAAAUUUUACUAGCAUGUUUAGUGAUCGGACAUUAUGUAAUAUUGUUUCAAAUUCGAACUUUAUUUAUUUCACCGCGCGUUUUUUAUUCUCGCCUAUUAUAUUGCGUGGCCAGAAUUACAGAUAGUAUGUAUCAGAAAACACAACAGAAAAUCCGCUUCGCAUCACAUUUAAUUUGCAUUAACUCACAAAUUAUUAUGCCGCGCGAUUUUUUUACUACGCGUGCUCUUACAAUGAUUCAAUAUGAAGCAGAAUUACAAGAAAAUAGGAAAAAAUAUAAACUACUUAUUGCUCGGCAACAAAAGGAUCGUCCAUGGUCAGGAACUAUGGAUAUAGGUUUCAUCACAAGAAUUAAAACGCGCUGUGAAAUGUCGCAAUGCGGAGAGGCCCUAACUGAUUAGCUUAAGAGCCAGUGGACGGCUACCUGUAUGGUAUUUGACCAGACCCGGGGUUUUGUACAGUGAGGUCAUACCAUAUACCUACCAUAUAUGAGAUGGGGGUUCACUAAGCCCCACCUGGUGGACGCGGCGCGCGCUCAGGUAAGACCGGUAUCGAUUUUUGGCGAAUUUGAAAUGCAUUUGACCACGUCUGCCGUUUUGAUAUUUGAAAAUAUAUUAUGAUUAUCAUCUAAAAAUAACAAUGGCAGACCAUUAUCGCGCAUUUAGCAUAGUGGCAGACAGUUUUGAAAGUGUUGAAAAAAUUAAAUUUUGAAAUUAAUUGACCAGAUCUGCCAUUGAUAUAUUUUAUUUAUUAGGGUCUUAAAAACUAAUAUUCAUCACGGCAGACGGCUUCAUUGCGUACACACUUCAGCAGACAAUAAAAUCUUAGCUACUAUCCGGUCAUAUGUAUAAUAUAUACAUAUAUAUAAAGUUCCCAAUUUUCCAUCAAUAUGAUUUACUUUAUUACUGCAUCCAUAAAAAAAUAAAAUUUAAUUUUGUAAAUUAUGUACUAAAGCUGAUGACUUUGAUGACAAGAAAGUGAAUAUAUUUCGGAAGAAUCUCAAAUAUUAAGGUAUGUUGCAGAUAACAAAUAAUCAUUCAAAUAUUCAUUUAAUUUUCUUCUUUUUAUUUAUUUAAGACAAAAUUUGAAAAAAAAUAUAAAUCGUGCAUGCUUUACAAUUUUUUUUUUCCUACUAAUUUCAAUCUUCAUUUAUCGUCAUCGGAGUCAUGUCUGUCGUGGUGUAACUCGUCUUCACCGUCCGUAGAAUCGGAAUCUGUGAAAAUAAGACAUUAAUUAUAAAAUAAAAAUAAUUGGAAAAGUGAUCCGAACAUAUUCGAUAAAAAUUAAUUAUUAUGAACUAACCAGGGACUUCGGUGAUUAAGUCACUCACAGAAGUUGGGAGUUCACCUUCGAACCAUUUGAAUACAAAUUUGUCGUCCUGCUUAAUCCAACUCUAAUGGAUCCAAUGUGGUAGGCUACUUCUUAUAAGCAUUUUUUUUAACUUUUACUAUUUAUAAUAUAUAAUAUUACUAUAUCCCUCCACAUAACUGAAGGCGCUCUCAGGUAUAAAACCCGAUUUAUUUGAAUGCUGUAAAUGUAUCUAUAAAAGAAAAUACUAUAGGCUAGAAUGAGUACAAUACUAAUCCAUAGAGGAAAAAAAGAAAGAUAGCUAUAAACAGUCUAUGCAUACAUCUGACCGGAUAGUAGUUAAGAUUUUGUUGUCUGCUGAAGUGUGUACGCAAUGAAGCCGUCUGCCGUGAUGAAUAUAAGUUUUUUAAACCCUAAUAAAUAAAAUAUAUCAAUGGCAGAUCUGGUCAAUUAAUUUCAAAAUUUAACUUUUUUCAACACUUUUAAAACUGUCUGCCACUAUGCUAAACGCGCGAUAAUGGUUUGUCAUUGUUAUUUUUAGAUAAUAAUAAUAAUAUAUUUUCAAAUAUCAAAACGGCAGACGUGGUCAAAUGCAUUUCAAAUUCGCCAAAAAUCGAUACCCGUCUUACCUGAGCGCGCGCCGCGUCCACCAGUUGGGGCUUAGUGAACCCCCAUCUCAUAUAUGGUAGGUAUAGGGGCCUCACUGUACAAAACCCCAGGUCUGGUCAAAUACAUACACAGGUAGCCGUCCACUGGCUCUUAAGCUAGAUGCUUCGUCCAUCAAAAUGGUUUCAUUUCUAGACUGAUUCGAGAUGUUAUAAGACAUAAUUCACUAUUGAUUUAAAACGAAUAUAAUAAUAAUAACAUAUUAUGUCAAUAUAUGAAUAGACCGUUCAUUUCAUGUUAAGAAUUAAUGUAAUACAUAUUAUUACAUUUAUGUUGUAACAUACCUAUCUAUUGUAUUGAAAAUAGUUAAAUAAUUUAAUUACGAUUAUAUAAGCAGUUUGUUUCUAGUAAUCAAAUGUUCUCUUUUUUCCUCGAUGUAAUGUAAUGUUAAUGUUUUUAUUUGAAAAGUUUCAGAAAACGGCAUAUUUGUAAUUAGAAUAAAAUAUUUUUUCUAAUGCGCACAUUACACAGAAUUUUAUUAUUUUUUUCCAAAAUCUCACAGAUCCGCCUCCGCGAAGGAAGAGCUCCGUACCCACUACUAAAAACGUACAAAAUAAAUGUGUUCUAACCAUAGAUUUAGUAAGAGUGAGGAAAAGAUAUAUCAUGCCCAAUCACAAUCUCACCAGGUAAAAAAUGACGCAACAUGAUGUAGGGUAAAGGCGGGAUAGAUGCGGGAUAGCAGAACCAUGCCAAGAACAUACAAAAGAAAGGCAGCAGUUCGAGCUCGAGUAUGUUCUUGGACUACAGAACAAUUGCAGUCAGCUUUCGACGAAAUGGAUAGAAGUACCAUGGGGAUAAACGCAAUAUCCCGACAGUUUGGGAUUCCAUCAAGAACAUUGCGAAGACGUUAUGCUGCUCGAAAUACAACUAAGCAGACACUGGGAAAACAUCCUAUCUUGGAUUUUGACAACGAAAAAAGGCUAGUAAAGCACAUUCUAAAGCUUGGGCAUGCAGGAUUUCCCCCAAAUAGACAAUCCAUACGUAUGUUAGCUUACCAAUUUGCUGAAAAGUUAGAGCUAAAACAUAAUUUUGACCACGAAAACGAAAUGGCUGGAGCUGCAUGGUUUAAAAGUUUUAUUGAACGAAAUCCAGAGCUUUCUAUUAGACAAGCUGAAGGUUUAUCUGUGGCUAGAGCCAAGGGCCUGAGUAGAGAAGAAGUAAAUAACUUCUAUGAUCUUUUAAUCAAAGUCUUGACUGAAAAUGAUCUGUUAGAUAAACCGGAAAGAUUAUACAAUAUGGAUGAAUCCGGAAUCCAAUUGAAUAAUAAACCUGGAAAAGUCAUAGCUAAAAAAGGUGCCAAAGUCGUCAAUUCAGUCACAUCUGCCGAGAGAGGUGAAACAAUGACAAUCGUUGGCUGUUGCAAUGCAAUUGGUAAUUUUCUUCCACCAGUUCUUAUAAUAAAAGGUGUUAAUAAGAAACCUGAAUUUCAAGAUGGACUUCCAAUGGGCUCAACAGUAUAUAUGAAUAAACAAUCGGCAUAUAUAAAUGCUUUGCUUUUCGAUAAAUGGCUAACAGAACAUUUCAUCCCUCUGAAGCCCCAUGGUAAAGUUUUGCUUAUUUUAGACGGUCACUCAUUACACUCAAGUGCACCAAAUAUGCUGCAAGCUGCUGCAGAUAACGAAAUAAUUUUAUUGUGUUUACCUAGUCACACAACUUCAGCUUUACAACCUUUAGACAGAUCAGUAUUUGGGCCAUUUAAAACCUACUUCAACCAAGAAACUAAUCAAUUUAUGCGCCUUAAUCCAAAUAAAAAGAUCAGCCGUUACAACGCAGGUAAGCUUAUACGCAAUGCUUGGAUUCGCGCUGCCACUCCUGCAAAUGCUCUUGCUGGAUUUAGAGGUAGCGGUAUUUAUCCAGUUGACCGAAAUGCUUUGCCAGAUACUACAUUUCUGAUAUCCGAUGCUGUAUUGGAUAGCGAAAAUCCUGGCACUUCUCGUGACAGACUUCUACUUCUGUAGUUUUUCAUAUAGAGCUGGACAAUCAAAACGAAAAUAUUUCUGAAUAUGAACAAAAUAGGACGACACCAAAUCUGAUGCAGAUUCAAAUUGACAAAGAAUCUCCUAGUCUCUUGAUAGAUCCCGAUAUUUUAGAAGAUAUUAGUAUUUUUGACAUUGGUGAUUCUACAAUUGCAGAGAUUUUAGGCAGUAAUAUAGAAUCAGAAACACCUUCAAAAAUUCUAAUAGAAGCAUCACCUAUACCAAAAAUUCCUUUGGCCAUGUCUAAGAGGGCGAAACAGUCAGCAGAUAUUUCGAAUUCAAACGAGAAUAUAAAACACAAAAAAUAUAUGGCUGAAAGAAAGAAAAAACAAAUAAAAACUAAGUUAGACAAGAAAAACAAGACUGAACCUACCAAAGCAAUAAGAGAACUUAAUAAAACAAAGAAAGGAACCAGCAACAAAGAACGAAAACAAAAAAAACAAAAACAUUGUUUUAGUGACAACGAUGUUGAUGACUUAUGUGAUGGUUUAUGUGAUAAAGAAAAUGAUAAUUAUUUAAAAGUUAACAAGAGUCGCAAAAAACUAAAACGGCGAAUUAUUUACAGUUCAAACAGUGAAGAUGAAGACAAUUCACCUCACUAUAAGAUUAAGGGAAAGAAAACUAAAGGUUUGCCGGUAAAGAGCACUAAAAGAGAUGAACAGGAUAAGCCUAAAGAUACGAAUAAAGAUAACUGCGUAGAAUGUUUUGAAAACUAUAAACAAACGAAGUCCAAAUCCGACUGGAUUCAAUGUGUACAGUGUCAGAACUGGCUACAUGAAACCUUUUCACUUUCACACUUUUCAAAAAUUAUUACUCAAGAUGUGGAAAACUAAAAGCACUAUCCGACUAAGCAUCAUUUAAGUAGGAUUACAAAAUGAAGAUCUUUAUUGUGUUGUUUUAAUUUAAGAAAACAUAAUGACUUUUAUGAUUACCUAUGCAUGUUGAAACUUAUAGGUAAACCGCUUCAUUGAGAAUUCGCCUGCGGGGCACAGGGGAGCGGUCUACCUAUAAUAACUAAUUAAUAUUUUAUAAGAAAAAAUUAUAAUUUUUAUUUCAGUAUGGUUAUUUAUUUGAUCUCAAUUUAUGUAGAAUUAAGUAUAUGCUAACGAUGAAAAUUAAAAAAAAAAACUGCAAAAUGCUUUUCAUUAUUAGGCCCAUGUUUCUUGGAAACAACUUCUGUUAAGGUUAAUACCUUAAUUGUUUCAAUAAAGAUCUUCACUUGUUAACUUUUAAAUAGAAAGCUAAUGCUUUCUACUGCUAAAACACCAAUUGUCCUCAAAACCUCAUAAAAGUUUGGUCGAGUAUUUUAAUUAUACAGUAUGAAGGGCGUCUAUCCACAAAACAAGAGUUCCACAAAAACCAAAAAUUUGCAAAAUCUGUAAUUUGUAGGGCCAAAAAUACAAAUCACAGUUAAACAGAAAGGAUUAAACUACUCAAAUUCAUAGACAUUAUUGAUAUAAAAAUGUUUUUUUUUAAUUAGGCGGAUAUUUCAAAUAGUGUGGCAUCUAUCCCGCCUUUACCCUAUGUAUAACAAGCAGCUGCCCGCGACUACGUCCACAUUAACUUUGUUUUUUUAGAAUCCCAUACGAACCUACCACUUUUCCGAGAUAAAAGUCUCACUCCAGGUCAUAAGCUAUAUCCGUACCAUAUUACAUCCAGAAUUCGUUCCGUGUUUUUUGCGUGAUUGAGCAACAAACAUACAAAUUUUCACAUUAUAAAUGUGAACAUUAGUAAGAUGAUGGUGUUGUAAAAUAGUUUAGUAGUUUAAGGAUUACAGGCUCUAUAAUAUCUACUAAAUAUCACUAAUGGUUUCCUCU